UCAUUGUCUAAUGUCAAAUUUCAAUGGUGGAAGGAAGUGGAAAAUAGGUUAGAGCUGGAAAAUGUUUUCUAUUCCCUUUUUGCGACAGAAUUUAAGUUUAACGAAAUCAAAUUUACCUCGAAAUUUAUUUACAUCAGUCGUUUAUCAACAAUCAAAGGAAGAUCAACGAGUUAUAGAGACCAGAGAAAUCACUAAAGACCGUACCCAGCAAAUUCCAGUAGAAACUAGCAUCAGAUAUCUUAAAAGUGCGGCAUACCAACAAACCUACGAAGGGCAACCAGUGUGGGUUUUAUACAGAAGAAAUCACAAAGGACUUUUCCCUCCUAGAAAGACAAGGAAAACGUGCGUAAGAGGUGGCCAAAUUUCCACAGGUAACCCAUGUCCAAUCUGUAGAGAUGAAUAUCUGAUAUUACAUGAACAAAAUGUGGACCUGUUAAAGCAGUUUGUUUCACCCCAGACAGGAAGUAUUUUAAGUUAUAGUAAAACUGGAUUGUGUCAGAAGAAACAUCAACAGUUAAUAGUUGCUAUUACAAGAGCGUAUGACAGAGGUCUCCUUACAUUUGAUGUGCCUUUCAGAAAAUACGAUUACUCAGAGUAUUAUUCAGAAAAGUAAAUAAUGGAGGCCACAUUUGUUAUUGUAGGAGGAGGGAUAGCUGGUGUUAGUUGCGCAGAGACUUUAGCUUUCUUCGAACCAGAAAAAUCUAUUGUACUUCUUAGUGAAUCAUCCUUAAUUAAGACAGUGAUUAAUCUUCAUGCUAUUACAAGAACAUUAACUGAGUUUAAUAUUCAAGAGAUGGCGUCUUCUGAAUUUUCGUCAAAGCAUCCAAAUAUUAAAGUUAUUCAUGAUACUCUUGCUGAAAUCCAUGACAGUGAGAAA